AUGCCCAGACUAAAUAAACUUUUAUCACCACGAUUUCUAAUGAGAUCAAUACUAUUGUUAACCAUAACGUAUACAAUAUUCAUAUCAUCUAAAACUUUAUUUCAAAUGCCAUCGAUAAAGCAAUACAAGACUCAAAUAAACCAUCAGUUAAAACACAAGUUCAAUCAAUGGUAUUAUUCUAUACUAGAAUCUAAUCAUCAUUUAGAAUCAAAUAAAAAUUUCUUGACACAAAUGAAUUACAUUAAAGAUUUCAAAAUUAAACAUGAAAAGAAUAACAAGAAUGAAUUAUGGGAUUUAAUCGAUGAUUUGAAAUUACCUUUAGAAGUUGAAAUUCCAGAUUAUUUCAAACAUGAUUCUUAUAAACCUUUAAUUCAACCAUUUGACCCAAGAUUAACAUUAUCGGUUUAUUAUAACUAUAUCCAAUUAAAUGCAAAUAAGCAACAGGAUUUGGAAUUACCAUUUCAUUGGUCUGAUUGGGUAGAUUUGUCAAAAUUAUAUAAAUAUAUCAUCAAUCCAGAAAAAUCAAACUUGUGUUCUUCAAUGUUUGAUAUUUCGGAUAAAGAAGAUUUAAUUAAAGAUUCAAAAUUAUUUAAUAUCAAUGAUUAUUGUCAAUAUGCUCCCGAUUCAUUGUUGGGCUAUAAUAUAACUGGUCCAACUGGACCUCAAACAAAACCAAAUAGAGAAUUAUUAGGCAAAUCAUAUCUUUAUUCAUCUGCUCCUUCACCAAUGAAGUUAAUAUUUUUAACAAAUGGUACUUCAUAUCAAUUCCCAGUUAAAAAUUACAAUGUCAACCAUUUAAAUAAUUCAAUAUUACACAAUGAAAUGAUGUCUGAAUUGUCUUAUCCAACAACAUUUAAUGUAUUACAAAGUUAUCAGUCUUUAAUCAAUUCAUAUCCUCCAAUUAAAACCCAUCACUCAUUUAGCGAUUAUACAUUAGAUAUUCCUGAAGAAUUAUUUGAUAUUAAUCCAGAACAUAUAAUUACAGAUCUUCAACAAAAGAAACAAGAACUCAAUCCAAUGGAUGAGAAAUUCCUUGAUUCAAUUAAAUUUAGUCAUGAAUGUAACGAUCCACCAAAAUAUUUCUCGGAAGCUAAAUUAUUAAAAAAAAUUAAAGAUGAUUGGAUGGGUGAACAUUAUGAUUGGAGAUUCUUCAAUGGAAUAACUAUUGGUAAAGAUGAACAAUUUAUAAUUUUACAUCGAUUAAUUAAAAAUUAUUUAAAUUUUGCAAGAGAAAAUGGUAUAAUUACAUGGAUUGCUCAUGGAUCAUUAUUAUCUUGGUAUUGGAAUGGUAUUGCAUUUCCUUGGGAUACUGAUAUUGAUGUACAAAUGCCAAUUUCUGAAUUAUAUAAACUUGGAAGAUAUUUCAAUCAAUCUUUGGUUAUUGAAAAUGUUGGUGAUUCAUAUAAUGAAUUUGAUGGAAUGGGAAGAUAUUUCAUUGAUGUUGGUUCAUCAAUAACUCAUAGAAAAAAAGGAAAUGGAAACAACAAUAUAGAUGCAAGAUUCAUCGAUAUUGACACUGGAUUAUAUAUUGAUAUCACUGGAUUAGCAUUAACUGACCAUCCAGCACCUUCAAGAUAUGAUAAUUUCAUCGAAAUGGAUCCUUUAAAGAAAAAAUUCUUAGAUAUGCAUUCAAAACCAAAUGAAGUUAAUAAUGUAUUGAAAAACCAACAAUUAAAAGUUUACAAUUGUCGAAAUAAUCAUUUUAGUUCAUAUGAUGAAUUAUCACCAUUGGUUUUAACACUUGUUGAGAAUCAAUUAUCAUAUAUCCCAUCAAAUUUUAUAAAUAUUCUCAACGAUGAAUACAAUCUAAAUUCAUUAACCAAGAAAACUCAUCGUUCAUAUACUUAUAUGAAUAAUUUCCGACUUUGGUAUAAAACAGAUAAAAUUAAAGAAUUAAUCAAGAAAUCAAAAACUUGGAUAUCUAAACAUACAUCAUCUAAAGAAUUAGAAAAUUAUGAAUUUUUAAUUAGACUUAAUAAAUUAUCAAUUAAUGAUCAUUUAGAUUUAUUACAACAUGUUGAUUUAUUAAAAGAAUGGAUUAAAACAAUGAAUUUUACAAAUUAUCACAAUUUAGAAUUAAAGGAAAUGAUUAAUAAAAAUUUCAAUAAAGUAAAGUCAUUAUUACAAGAUUACAAGAAAAAUCAUAAAAUAGGAAUUGGUAUGAGACCUGAUUAUUUCAUAAACUUAAUUAUGCUUGAUAAUUCCCGUUGGAGUUAUUCAUUACAAGUUAAUGAUUUAAUAGAAUUACAAAAACUGUAUGAAAAGCAAAAGGACAAUGAAAAGGAAAAGCAAAAGGAAAAUGAAUAA